CCUUAAUAGAUUUCAUUAAAUAAAAGUAAAUAUGGGUGGUUCACAAGUAACCUACGGAUACGAAAGGGAAGAUGUCCCUAGAAAAGAAGGAGAGACUAGACCAUGGAGGCACAUUGCUCUCAAGCCUGAUGAAGAUUUAGUCUGUGAGGUCUAUCCAGGAGUAGACACGAUUAAAAAAUCUUUCCUAAGAUCUGUUGAGAAGUUCGCACACGAGGAUUUCCUCGGUAAAAGAGAAGUCACGGGCACAAAGAUUCAAGUAAACCCUAGGACUAAGAAGGAAGAGGAAGUUAAAACAUAUGGUGAAUACAAAUGGAAGAACUACAAAGAGGUUUAUGACUACUGUGACUCCUUAGCAAAGAAAAUUUAUCACCAAGAACUACACAGCGUAGUCGAGGAAGAAGACAAAGAGAUGAGACUUAUAGGUAUAUUCGGUAAGAAUAGCAUGGAAUGGGCUAUUACCGAUCUUGCAUGUGCUCUUGGAGACAUCAGUGUCGUCACUCUUUAUGAUACACUUGGAUCAGAUUCUACUAGGUAUAUCGUGGACCAAUGCCAACUGAAGACUAUUUUUAUUACCAGGGAUAAGAUUAAGUGCCUGCUUCAACUAGCGAGAGAUGGAAAGAUUGACUCAGUUAAGAACCUGGUGAUUUUAGAUGAACAUACUGAAGAAGAUGCUAAAGAGUGUGAUGAAGUAGGAAUUUCAGUGUUCGAAAUCUAUGAGUUAAUUGAGCAAGGAAGAGAGAUAAAAAUGAAGCUGCCAGACCCUUAUAGAGACUCUAUUUAUACCAUCUGCUAUACUAGUGGAACUACUGGAGAUCCUAAAGGAGUAAAGCUUUCUAAUAUUAAUGUUAUUUGCCCAGGAGCUGGCCUUAUUAAGAUUGAUGUUGGACUGUACCAAACUGACGUUCAUAUUUCAUAUCUUCCAUUAGCACAUGUGUUAGAAAGAGUCGUAUACGUCACCUUAUUAGGAAGAGGAGCAAAGAUUGGGUUCUAUCAAGGAGACAUUUUAAAACUUAAAGAAGACCUUGCUGAGCUCAAACCAACUAUAUUUGUGUCAGUACCUAGGCUGUUCAACAGAUUCUACGAUGGAAUGAUGUCUAAGGUUAAUGCCUUAACAGGAGUGAAGAAGAAAUUAGCACAGCUAGCAAUCUCCAGGAAGACCAGCAGAUUGAAGAGCUCUGGAACUCCAACCCACAUGUUGUACGAUAAACUUGUUUUCAACAAGUUUAAAGAAGCUAUUGGAGGAAAUGUUAGACUAAUGGUAACAGGAUCAGCCCCUAUUUCCAAGGAUGUCAUUAAUUUCUUGAAGAUAGCCUUUUGUUGCCCAUUUUAUGAAGGAUAUGGGCAGACAGAGACAGCAGCAGGCUCUUGUCUUACAUUCUCAGAAGAUGGAGAAGCUGGGCACGUUGGAGGGGUUUUGCCUCACAACGAGCUUAAAUUGAUAGAUAUCCCUGAGAUGGACUAUCUUACCACUGACGUGGAUGAAGAUGGAAAUCCAAUGCCAAGAGGAGAAAUCUGAUUUAAGGGUCAUAGCAACUUUGCUGGUUACUUCAAGCAGCCAGAAAAGACCAGAGAUACUGUUGAUGAAGACGGAUGGAUUCAUACUGGAGAUAUUGGGGCUAUUCUUCCAAAUGGAGCACUGAAGAUCAUUGACCGUAAGAAAAAUAUCUUCAAACUCGCCCAAGGUGAAUACAUUGCUCCAGAGAAGUUGGAGAACCAAUACAACAAAAUCCCUAUUGUCAAACAACUGUUCAUCUAUGGCGACUCUCUCCAAAGCGAACUAGUAGCUAUUAUCGUGCCAGAUGACGAUGAGGUCAGAAAAGAAGCAGAGCAAAGAGAUAUGGACACUUCCGACAUUGAUGAAUUUUAUAAAUCAACAGAAUGGCUAGACCUUGCUAAGGAGAAGUUCAAUGAGUCUAAGAAGGAAGCCGGGUUCUCUGGAAUGGAGAUCCCAAAGAAGUUCUUCUUCACUAGAGAGGAGUUCACUAUCGAAGGAAACCUCUUGACACCUACAAUGAAAGUCAAGCGUAACGAAGCUAAGAUCAAAUAUCUGAACGAAAUUAAAGAAAUGUACGGUGGAGCAAAGUUGCAAGGUGAAGAAUAAAUAUCA